AAAUUACAUCCCUAUAUAGGCCAAAGACUAGGACAAAUUUGAGGAUGGAAUACGCCAGCAGGACCACAUUUGGACAAUCAAGACAUGGACGCUUCCUGGGCUUCUGAAUUGGAUGGCAACAUUGUGACAUUAGCCUUACUCAUUGGGUUCCUGAGUCUUCUAUAUUGGUAUUCACGGUCUGCUUUCUCACAGCUGGAAAGAAUGGGUAUUAAGCACCCAAAACCACUUCCUUUCAUCGGAAAUGUGAUGUUGUUCCACACGGGUUUUUUGGAGGGAGCUAAACACAUUCUACAGUCAUGUGGGCCGAUUUCUGGGUAUUACAUGGGGCGCCGUCCUAUUGUCCUCUUGUCUGAUCCAGAAGCUAUUAAACAGGUUCUGCAGAAGGAUUUCAGUAACUUCACAAAUAGGAUGAAGUUGAACUUGGUGACUAAGCCAAUGAGUGACAGUCUGUUGUGUCUACGCGAUGAGAAGUGGAAGCGCGUUCGCAGUGUGCUUACACCAUCGUUCAGUGCAGUACGCAUGAAAGAGAUGUGCCCUCUUAUAAACCAAGGCUGUGAUGUGUUGGUGACCAACCUUCAGAAAUAUGCAGAGACUGGAGAGCCUUGUCCUGUCCAAAGGAAUUACGCAUGUUUCACAAUGGAUAUCGUUGCCAGUGUGGCAUUUGGUACUAAAGUUGAUUCUCAGAAAGACCCUGAUCAUCCUCUGGUGCAAAACAGCAAGAAGUUCAUGGAGCUUUUCACCCCAUUCAAACCUCUAGUGCUACUGUCAUUGGCAUUUCCGUCAAUCAUGAUCCCCAUCGCCCGCCGGAUUCCAAAUAAAAAGCGUGACCAGAUAAACAGCUUCUUCCUCAAGGUCAUUCGAGACAUUAUUGCACAAAGAGAUGACCAGCCUGCUAAUGAGAGGCGCCGUGAUUUCCUUCAACUCAUGCUGGAUGCACGUGAUACAUUCAGCAACGUCACUGUGGAGCAUUUUGACAUAGUCAACCAAGCUGACCUUUCUGCCCCAAGAGUGGAUCACCGUAUGGCAAAUAUAGAUUCCCCUAAAAAGACAACCAAAACUCUGAAUGAGGAGGAGAUACUGGGCCAAGCUUUCCUGUUCCUCAUCGCUGGAUAUGAGACCACAUGCAGUCUGCUGUCAUUUGCCACUUAUUUACUAGCCAUUCACCCAGAGUGCCAGGACAAAGUGCUGAGAGAGGUGGACGAAUUUUCUGAAAAGCAUGUUUUGGCAGAUUAUAAUACCGUUAAUGAAUUGCCUUACCUUGAUAUGGUGAUCUCUGAGACAUUACGCAUGUAUCCUCCUGCAUUCAGGUUUGCCCGGGAAGCUUCUCGUGACUGCACAGUGAUGGGUUAUAAGAUCCCUGCAGGAACUGUUUUGGAAGUCCCUAUUGGAUGUCUGCAUAAUGACCCCAAAUUUUGGUCAGAGCCAGAGAAAUUCCAGCCUGAGAGGUUCACAGUGGAAGAAAAACAGAAGCGCAAUCCAUUCGUAUAUUUGCCAUUUGGAGCAGGGCCUAGGAGCUGCAUUGGGAUGAGACUCGCUAUCCUAGAAACUAAGAUUACACUAUUCCGUGUGCUUCAGAAGUUUCGUUUUGAUACGUGUCCUCUAACUCAGAUUCCUCUCCAGAUAAGCACCCUAUCUACUCUACGACCAAAAGAUGGCGUGUAUGUAAAGUUGGUUGCUCGCUAGCUCCUACUACAAUCAAACAGGCUCCAGUUUGCAUCUCCUCAUGAAUCAACAUAACUGUGUACUAUGUGUGUGCUUUAAAUUAGGCUGCUGGGAAAACUACCUCCAUCAAGGUUGCCUAUCCUUGUCUUAGUAAAUUAAACACACACUGCUAAUCUCUGUUUUUCAGUUUGGAGUCACUUACAGAUCUUUCAGCCUGACAGAGAUGCAUAGGUGUCUUUGUUACUCAAUGGCUUGUUGACAUCAAACAUCUUCCUUAUGACUCUAGAUUUGCCUGUGCAUUCUAAAAGCUUUACACACUAUGCACACAGCAUACAUAUUACAUGCAAAUUGGCAAUGGCACAGUAUGCAGCAGGACUGCUAGGAAACUGAAGUUUACACAUUGAUAAUCAAUACAUGUCUAUGUAAAGGACAUUCUAGGCACCUUAAAUCAACACUAUAUGCACCCAGACCACUUCAUCUCAUUGAAGUGGUCUGGGUGCAGUGUCCAUGUCAUUUUAGCCCUGGAAUGUAAACAUUGCAGUUGCAGAGAAACU